GUGCUCCCGGGACCCUUCCAGGCUGGUGCUGCCCGGAUUCUCCCCGGGGAUGCCGAUCACAACCCCCAGAACCCCAGCUCAGCCUCGCUCCCCCGGGAUUGAGGAGAGCUCAUCCCCCAGGGGAUGCCGCGGCCCCGGCAGGAAGGGGUUAAUGGGCAGCGCGCUCUGGAUUUGGUUAGGACUUUAAAGGGACUUAAAAAAAAAAAAAAAAAAAAAAAAAAAAAGCCACGUUGGGGCUGUGUGAUCUGCCCACCGAAGUUUUUUUUACGUGGGCGAAGCGUGUGUCAUGGAUGAGAAGCCGGGCAGGCUCCCGGCGGAGCUCAGGGGCUGGACGGGGCUCGCCGUUCUCUCCUACCCUCUUCCCAAAGGAGGCGGGUUUUUUCCCCUUGAAAAAAAUUACCUUUAAAACAAAACCAACAAUCAGGUGUAACAACCCCCCUUCCCGCUCUAACCCCUAAAAAAAUACCCCUAAAAACCCCAGUAAAAAUAACUGGAGGUACAUCAAGAUCCAUGGGGAAGCAGCGCGCUUCUCUUCCCCAUGUGGAUGCUGCCCAGCUGCGCCCAGCUGUGCGCAGGCACCUGGCUGCUGCUGAAAAGCAGGCGAUCAGAAUUCAGGAGUAUUAGUUAAUAAGUGCCUGAUCCUGUUGACCCUGUUCUGGUUCACCCACUCAGCUAUGCGGGGGUGUUGAGGAAGGUGUCCUGCCAGUUAAACCAAUUAUAGCUGGCAAGUCGCAGUCAUCAGCAUUAGUGGAGGAGUUGGAGGUAAGGCCCAGUCACACCAGUGUGGCUUUUCUGAACUUAAAACAGCAGCUUUCCAAAGCCACGUUUAACCCCUCUGUGCCACAGAAAUCCGCGUUGCUUUUCCAGCUCUGUUUGUCUUGUGGUAUCUCUGUAAGGGUUUUGUAUCUCAGGGCUGGAAAUUUGUGCUGCAGAUGGGGAGAGAGCUGAUGUGGGAUGAGCAAAGGAUAUAGAAAUUCCUCUGAUUGACAUACUCGGUUGGAGGAAGAAAGCUGGAGUGUUGCAAAACGUGCUGAGCAUCUCCAUGUGCUUUUCAGCCAGAGCUCCGUGUCUCAUUUUUCCAAAGCUUUUUUUCAGAACAGACCCAGCAUGGUAAAAACAGGGGCUUGGGUUAAUGAGCAAUGCUGUGUAAUCAACACUUGGUAUAAACCUUUUGUCUCAGGGCCCUAAACAUCUCUAAAGAAACAAAACAAAAAAAAAAAAAGACAGGAAGGAGAGAAUCCCAGCUUUUUUAGUGGACGGGCAAGUGCCUAACAGGAUUUGUGGAGAGGUCAGAAUUGCACACAAGUGCCAGGAAUCUUAUUUGUACUCUUAACCAGGGAUCAGACCUCAACUUACACAAUAUACAUACAACAUUUUCACAAAUACUCAAAUCCCUAAGCCGGUUAUCCCUGAACACCAGAGCAGAAUUCAAAGGCAAAAGAAAGGGUAUUGGAAAUUGCCAUAUACUUUUUAAAAAGCCCAGCCAAAUGCAAGGAUAAACAGUUGUUUAAACUGUGGCAAAUUUAAUGAACAGAUUAGGAUGCUUGCUGAGUGAGACUCAUGCUGUGUGAAAUUCUUUGCUGCUCAAUGAGAUGUGUAAUUUAGAUCAAAUAUUUGUACGUGCUGUUUGAGGUAAAAAACAUCAUUCAGUAGAUUGCACUUUUUGAGUAACAUUAAUGAAUAUUCUUUUCAGUAUCAGUUGAUUUAUUUUGUUUCAAUUAUAAGGCCCAGUCAAGUUGAAAGAGGCCUUUCAUGUUAAGGACUCCUGCUAUUUUUUUUUAAAUUUUAUUUUUAAGUGAUCAGCUAUUUAAGAGGAUGAAAGAGUUCCUUGUCUUUGGCUGUUGGAUGUUUUUAUUUUCCUCUCUAUUUAUAUGGACGGCUUUUGAAUGUGUUGCCAUUUUUAACAAGCUGGGUUUAUUUUGUUAAAUCCUAAUUUACGAUUUUUUUCUGAAUUUUAAAAUUAUCUUUUUUCUGAUUUUUAAAGUGAUUUUUUUUCCCUUGUGUUAACAUGAUGAGUGAUAGAUUUGGCUUGUAAUAAGUGAUUGCAGUUUUGUGGAAAUCUUGAAAGUGUCCUCUGUGGCUGUUUAAGUACAAAUGCAUGUUUUCAGGCAGUUGCUGUGGAACAAGGGAAUCCAGCCCAAUGCUGUGAAAAAAGGGAAGGAAAAUUAAGAGUGUAGCUUGAUAAGAUAUCAUUCACUAACACAUGAAUUGCAGCAUCAUGAUAAACAUGAGCAAUGGCCAUAAAACUGGCUUUCUUCCUUAUGUUUGAUCUUCACCAUAGGAUAGGAAUCUUCCCACUCUUCUCCUUAAGUGAUACAUAGGAGAAAAGUUACACAGGCCUCACACAACUCUGUUCCUGGUAAUAAAGGAAAUAUGAUAAAGGUUUGACUUCAGUAGCAUAAAAAUAUUGAUAGUGGUCCCAUUAUCAGCCCUUUGAAAAGGGUAUUUUACUGCAUAAACCCCUUUUCAAUUAAAACUUAUAAAUGUGCUUUAUAAAUGUGUUGAUCCUGUGUUUAGAAAAUGCAAGAUAACGUGGUUUGGAGUAAAGCAGUGAAGGCAGGAGGCUGGGGACACUGGGAAUUGGCUUCUCUGGUUAUUCAUGAAGGGGUGAGUGCAGGAGGUGAAGGUGUAUCACUGUGUCACUCUGUCACUCCUCUUCCCCUGAAAGCCAAAGUCUGAAGUGAAUCAUGGCCUGUGAGAAGGCAUGGACUAAGCAAAAACAACACAAAACUGAUUACCUAAGCUAAAGGGUGAAAAGGUGGAAUAUACCCCAAAGAGACAGGUACUUGGUGGACAAGAGAUUUCCGUGGGCUUUCCAGGCAAGCACAGAUUUUGUGAAAGCUCUCCCAGUUGAAAAGCAAGAUGGGAACUGCCCUGUGUGGUUGGGAGCUUGGAAAAGCUUUCCCUGUAUCUCACUGCCAGAGCUGCUCCACAUCUGUUACCAUCUGCUUCCUCCUCCUUUGGCAGUGUUUUAAUGUGACCCCUCUCGUUUUUCAGAUGAGUGACUUUGGGAUCAGGAACAUGGAUCAAGUAGCUCCCGUGUCGAACAUGUACAGAGGAAUGCUCAAGCGUCAGCCGGCGUUUGACACCUUUGACAGCUCAAACUCGCUUUUUGCUGGGUAUUUUUUCUCACUCAGUGAAGACCAAACGCUUCAGGAGGUGCCAACAGGAUUUGACUCCACUUCUUAUGAGUCGAACAACUGUGAAUUGCCUCUGUUAACCCCGUGCAGCAAGGCUGUGAUGAGUCAGGCCCUGAAAGAUACUUUCAGUGGUUUCACAAAGGAACAGUGUCGGCUGGGUAUCCCAAAUAAUCCCUGGCUGUGGACUGAACAGCAAGUGUGCCAGUGGCUUUCAUGGGCUACCAAUGAGUUCAGCUUGGCAAAUGUGAACUUCCAUCAGUUCCUUAUGAGUGGCCAAGACCUGUGCAACCUGGGCAAGGAGCGUUUCCUGGAACUGGCACCUGACUAUGUGGGUGAUAUUCUGUGGGAACACCUGGAACAGAUGAUAAAAGACAGCCAAGAGAAAACACAGGAUCAAUAUGUGGAGAACUCUCACCUCACCUCAGUUCCUCACUGGGUCAAUAAUAAUUCCUUAACUGUUAACGUAGAUCAGAAUUCCUAUGGAAUGCAAAUGCCUGGAUACCCUAAACCCCUCAGUUAUCCCAAACCCAGUCUCCUGACUGACGUCUGUCAGACUUCCACGGCCCCGAAUCUCCUCAACCCAGAACAAGACUUCCCAUUGUUCCCUAAAACCCAAGCAGAUGCUGUUGGUGUGAACUACUGUGCAGUAAACCAAGAUUUCCCAAGGAGCAAUCUCAAUUUGCUGAUGGAUAACUCUGGCAAGCUGAGAGAACACGAAUCCAGUGACAGUGGUGCUGAGAGCUAUGAGAGCUCAGAUUCCAUGCUGCAGUCCUGGAACAGCCAAUCCUCCCUGGUGGAUUUGCAGCGUGUGCCAUCCUAUGAGAGCUUUGAGGAUGACUGCAGCCAGUCCCUGUGCCUGAGCAAACCUACCAUGUCCUUCAAAGACUACAUUCAAGAACGGAGUGAUCCUGUGGAGCAAGGGAAACCAGUUAUACCAGCAGCCAUCCUGGCUGGCUUUACUGGCAGUGGACCUAUCCAGCUGUGGCAAUUCCUUCUGGAGUUACUGACUGACAAGUCCUGUCAGUCCUUCAUUAGUUGGACAGGAGAUGGAUGGGAAUUUAAACUUGCUGACCCAGAUGAGGUAUGUGGACCAGGAGCUGGCCUGGUGCUGGAGUCACUGUCCCUGGGGGUGUUUAAGACUGGACGUGGCAUUCAGUGUCUGCGCUACGUGUACCGCUUCGUGUGCGACCUGCAGAGCCUGCUGGGCUACAGCCCCGAGGAGCUGCACGCCAUGCUGGGCGUUCAGCCCGACACCGAGGACUGAUCCCGGCCUGGGACACUGCUCUGGAGUCACCCACCAGUGGGGACAAUGCCCGGGAGCCGCGGCCGCCCCGCCGUGCGCGGGGAGCGGGGGAGAGGCUGCCCCAGGCGGGACCUUCAUCCUUUUUGUGACCAUGGAGAGCUGGAUGGGAGCCAGUGUGGCCAGUGGGGCUCUGGGGGAGCGGGCACAGCCCUGGCUCUGCCGUGGAGACACGGGGGAUGCUCCUGGGGUCAGCAUUUCAGCUGCCUGCCCUGCCCUGCCCAACUUCAACACUGCCCUGGAAGGAUGGGGUUGGCUUUGAAACCAAAGGUUGGCUGUGAGAAACCAGCAGAACUCUUGGCUGGGAUGUUUUCAAACACCACCGUCCUCAUGCAUUUUAUUUAAACUAAUUUAUUUUAAAUGAGCAGUAAGGAGAACAGGUAUUACUUUUGUUUUAAAGCACGUUUUGUUAUUGUUGUUAUUACUGUUACUACUCCAGAAAUGUGCUGCAUAGGUACAUAAACACUCUUGUGUCCAAAACCAGAUGUAGCAGCAACUGUUAACAAAAAAAUACACCCCACCCUUUAAUAGGAGGGAAGGAAAAUCAUACCAUUUCAAUAUUCAGUUUGUAUAUAUUCUGUGAUUCCUUUGGAAACUCUGAUGUUCCUAUUUAACAGAUACUGUAUAGUGUAAAUUAAACUAAUUGUAUGUGUGUUUUGAAAUAGGAUGAAUGUAAACUUAUCAAAUGUGGGGGUUUUUUCUUCAUGUUUGUCUAGGAUAUACAACCUUCUGCAAAUAUUUAAUUGGCCUGAGAGACAGCAGAAGUUCUAUGCUCAGUGUGCAUGCAUUUGGGGGGGAAGGGAGGGAAGCUGGGCUCAGGAUUUUGCCAAGACUGAAGCUGGCAAUUCUUUGUGCAUUUUGGCAUUUUUACAGGAAACUAAUGUUGUAUUCUGGGACAUAAAAGGGCCUGUUUGUGGUUUCUUCUGUAACUGAAAAAUGAAAAUAUUAAUAUUGGUAAAAUUACCUUUUUUUUCUUUAUAAAUGGCAUAUGUUUUUCAACUUCUAUGCAUGUACUUUUAAAAAAAAUUUAUAUACAAGCCUUAUUUUUUCAGUUCACUUGUCUCUUCCUGCAGUUUAUUCUGUAUGAUCAAAAUACGAAUUCUAUUUUUGGAAAAACUGUGACUCCUUUUCAGAGAUCAGGAGAGUUUUAUGUAGCAGCUAUUUUUACUGCAAAAAAAAAAAAAAAAAAGGAAAAAAAUCACUGGAAAAACGUACUUUGUAAGAAAGCUUUAUUUUUUAUCUGAGCUUGAUGUACAGUUAAAUGUGUUGUACAGUGUGAGAGGUUUAAAAAUACGACUCUUCAUUAAAACCUCUUGAAAGGAA